AUGUUACUGUCGUCCAUGGACCACGUCGGGUACUACGCCAUGUCUAAGGACAGCAGUUUCCUCGAGUUCGACGCGUCUCCCGGCGAUCGUGGCCACCACGAGGGCUACGCGCUUCCUGCAGACGACAUGAGUGUCGUGUCGUACCUAAGCGAAGAGACCAGUCCCAAGAACGGCACCAAGUCGUCGCUGUACAAGACGGAGCUCUGCAAACGCUUCUCCGAGUUUGGCAACUGCCGCUACGGAGCCAAGUGCCAAUUCGCACACGGAAUCGCAGAGCUGCGCCACGUCGUGCGCCAUCCCAAGUACAAAACGACAAAGUGCAAGUCGUACUGGGGAUCCGGCCACUGUCCGUACGGUAGCCGCUGUCGCUUCAUUCACGAGGAGACCGAGGGCUACGCGCAGUCGCCGUACAGCCCAUUGGGCCACAACGGCAGCAGCAUGUUCCUGCACGAGAAGGACCGGUUCGCCGGCUUGAGCGGCGGAGUCAUGGACCCUCCUCAGCCGUCCGUUGACCUCAGCUACGGCGGUGGUCUCUAUAGUGAGCCGCCCAGCCCGCAUCACCUCCAGCACCUCCGUCCACAUCACCAUCACCAGCAGAUGCCGUCCUACCCCAAGGACAAUUUCUCGCUCCUGUCCUCGUUGGACAAGAGUUCGUGGGGAGUGCCGGGCAUAUCCCCGAUCGCGAAUUUCCACCCUAAUUAUGCUGGUGAGCACUAUGGCAGUAGUCUCUCUCUGAAACAGCAGGGCUCGCUUGGUAGCAUCGGCCUGCCACCUGCUCCGCAACGAGCCACUCCAGCGAGUCGGAACGCCGCAAGCGGCGCAUCGUCAUCGAGCUACCCGGACCUCCAGGAUGCCAUCGACGCAUUGAUGAAGUUCUCGCUGACCCAGGAUGACGACGAGCCGAUUCCAGACCCCGUCACCUCUCCUGAGAUGACUCCGGUCCAGGCGGCUCGCGGGCGCUGCCUUUCCAGCGUCUCUUCGCCUACUCUCGUCUCCACUUCGACAGCGGCUACGACGAAGAAUGCCGAGUUUUCUCUCCGGUCGGACGAGUUGUGGAAGGAUUUCCCCACUGCUUCAUCGGCGCCGUUUACUGGCGACGACAUGCGAGCGCAGCCGUGGUCUACUGGCGUGUCGCUGGGUCUCGAGAGCAAGCCAUUCGAAGGUGUUGCAGCUGCUGCCGGCGAUACGAAGGACGUCUCUGGCAGCAGCAGUGACGACGAGGAGAGCCCCCGCCUGAGCGUGUUCGAGCGCUUCCAUUAA